AGUGAUGCUACCGAGAGGCGCAUCUGCCCACUGAUGAUAAACAAAUCUGCGCCAUUCGAGCGUUCUUUAUUAUUUUGGUUUAAUUUGCGCAAAUAUAGCAAGCGUUACUGAUGUAUUUACCGGGAAACGGGGGUUUUAAAAGCAUGAGAUGUUAAAGAAGAUACCGACGGGGAAGGUGGCUUAAUCAGUGGCGGCUGCGCCCAUGGCGGGUCCCGCAUUCACGGGAGCGCACGGGACCUGGAUCACCGCUCGGCUACGGGAGAACGCGUCCUCUUCUUCAUCGUCACUAUCAUUGGUAUCGCCCGCGCCUGCGGAGAAACCGCGCAAACGGAGAGCGUUUAAUCUGGUUAAACUGCGGCAACCGGCCGCCCCCGGUAACAACAACACGCCGUUUGUGAUCUCCGGUCAUAUCAAGCACAUCUGCAGUAACUGCAGCCGCGGGAAUGAGAUCCGGGACGUAGAGGGCGCUGAGCGUCUGGCGGCGAUGCGCUCGGAUUCUCUGGUGCCCGGGACACACACACCACCAAUCCGCCGGCGCAGCAAACUGGCCAGUCUAGGACGACUCUUUAAACCAUGGAAGUGGAGAAAGAAAAAGAGUGACUCGUUCAAACAGACAUCUGCCGUUCUGGAGAGGAAGAUGUCGACACGUCAGAGCAGAGAAGAGCUCAUCAAGAGAGGAGUGUUGAAGGAAGUGUAUGAGACAGAUGAGGUGAGUGUUGACAGCGGUCAUGUGUGUGUGAGUGAUUUGGACAGACAGACGGUCAUCAGUCCAAUAUCAGAAUCUACAGACACCAGCGUCACCGUUACAGUUUCUUUCUCAGAGGUCCAGUCGUCUGGAGAAACAGUGACAUGUCUCACUGAUCUCGUCUCAAAGCCAUCUCAAGCCCCGCCCUCUGUCAAACCUGUGCCGUUGCCAAGCGACAAUGCUGACAUCACGCACAUGAGGCCAUCAGUGUUAAAACAGCCUCCUGCCUUACCGCCGAAGCCAUACAGCAGAAUACCUAACCACCUGACAGAAACACUUGCUAAACUGUCUCCACCUCUCCCUCCAAAGAAAGUGAUGAUUUGUGAACCGGCAUCUUCGUUUCCUCUGAAAUGUCUGCCAUCACUGGCCACACACAUGCACACACACACUCUCACUUACUCUCACCCGCAGCAGUACUCUACAAUACCCCUCUCUAUACAUCCGCCCAGCCGCAUCAUAGAAGAACUCAAUAAAACACUCGCGCUCACCAUGCAGAGACUAGAGAGUUCUGUACUGCAGGCGGUUCCGGCGGUCCUCAUGGAGACUGAAGAAGAGAAAGAAAACAGAGACUCACCAGUCAACACAUACGAGGAAGACGAGGAAGAGGAAGAUGAUGAUGACUCGUUGUUUACAAGUACACUGGCUCUACGGAUCUUACGGAAAGAUUCGCUGGCGAUCAAAUUGAAUAAUCGUCCGUCAAAGAGAGAACUAGAGGAUAAAAACAUUCUGCCCAUGAUGAGCGACCAAGAGAGACUCGAGUCCAGACAACAGAUCGGCACCAAACUCACUCGUCGACUCAGCCAGCGACCAUCAGCAGAAGAACUAGAACAGAGAAACAUCCUCAAACCUCGGAAUGAACAGGACGAGUUAGAAGAGAAAAAAGAAUUAAAGAAAAGACUCUCAAGGAAGUUGAGUCAGAGGCCGACUGUAGAGGAGCUCAGAAAGGCAAAGAUUCUCAUCCGCUUCAGUGAUUAUGUAGAAGUUGCAGAAGCUCAAGAUUACGACCGUCGAGCGGACAAACCCUGGACACGACUCACUGCUGCGGACAAGGCUGCCAUACGUAAAGAACUCAAUGAGUUUAAGAGCUCAGAGAUGGAGGUACACGAGUCGAGUCGACAUCUAACCAGGUUUCAUCGACCGUAGAGGUGGACUACAGCCCAUGAUGGAACCAGUGAACACUCUUUAAGGAGCUGUUAAACUUUAAUCAGACUUUGGUGACUCUUAAGGCGAGACAGGAAUCACCACGUAGGAAAGACUGCCGAUCGGAUACAGCUCAGAGCAUCCGAUCCCGAGUUCAUCCUCCAAGAGUAUCGCCCUGCGUGCACUGACCAAUUCACAGCGGAAAGAUUUUAGGAUUGUUGUCAGUGGGGCCAUUGUGUGUGUGUGUGUGAGAGAGAAAGAGAGCUUUUUGUGUGUGGAAAUAUGUGUAUAUUCUGAACAAUAACGUUUAAAAAUCUGAAAUAUAUGUGCUUAUUUCCAUUCAUUUUUAUUUUACUGGAUGACAGUUUUUAAUUCAGCAGAUAGCGUGGUGGAUUUUCUAAAUAAUUCCACUUUCCGGAAACACAACAGAAAUGACUUUUAUACAGAAAACGUCUUUAACUCUUAAAACGCCUUUAACCGGCUAGCUUUCAUGACAUGCCCACAGUGGAGGAGGUCUUGACGGACAUGUGCUACAUUUGAGUGACAGGACAAAGCAAUAAUGUGUUAAAGCCUUGAUAUGCGUCCUGUUUUCGAACAAGAUCGCUUUCAUUUUUUUUUUUUCUCAGUGUGUUCUCAGAGCUGCAGUUAAACUCCCUACAUUUUAAUAAACAAGUGCUUGGCUGAAGUUUGCCAAGUAUGGUGUGGGGCGCAUUAUUUGGAGCAGGGGCGUAGCAGUCAUUUUAAAAGUGGGGGGGACACAGCUGUCGGUCGGUGGCUCAGACCCAACACUUACAGUGCAGUAUUAAUAUAUUACAGUAUAUAUUAAUGUACAAGCACGAUAUAAGUAUUAUAUUCAUAUAUGCAUAUUAUAUACUUUUAAUAUUUGAAGUAUUUUAAAGAUUCAAGUAUUGCAAAAAUAAAGGGCAUCCUGCUUCUGUUUCACACAUGACAAUAAAAGACUGAGCACAAGCUGGUCCUGAAUAAAUUAUUUAAUCAAUUAAAUAAUGCCAAAUGUGCAUGUGCACAGUUUUAUUUUUUACUCUGUGCAUUGUGGGGUUUUAAAUGUAUCCAAGUGGCUCGAGUGUUUUGACUACGUUCACCAACAUUCGUUCAGAUCCAUUUAAAGAUUCAGUGACCAUUUCUGCUGAUGCCAGAAGGUGACAAAUGAGCGUCUUGUGUGAAAUGAGUUAAUCACUGAAUCAAUGAUCAAAAGAACAUUUUAAUCCUUUAAAAUGUGUAUGUCUACAGACCUAUAAAGAGAAAUUUCCCUACAGUUUCUGAGCAUUUAACAAAAGACAACAAUAAUAGUCUUAUAAUAAUUAUAAUUAUAAUGAGUUUCAAUAACGUGCGGACAUUUUCAUGUAUAAAAAAGUGUGUGUGCAUAUCGAAUGACUUCAUUAAAAUGCAUAAGUGUUAUAAGAACAGCAGAUCGAUCUUAUUUCUUGCAGUUUGUCGACUGCACACCAACACAGAGGUAAAAAACAGGAGCUGAUAUUAAAAAUAGCUUUACAUAUUUAACACAGAUCUAGUAAUCUGCUUAAAUUGGUAAAAACAACCGUUCAAACUAUUACCUCAUAAACAUAAUGUAAAAAUCAUAACUUAAUGAAGACUCAUGUGCUGAUAUAAACUCUU